UCGCUCUAUCGCACUGGCGACGAGGAUGGGAUGUGCCCGCUUCCACUAGCUCAGUGCCGAAGCAGUAUCAUAGACAGUCGGCGGUCGACAGCCACGGAAAGGAAGGCGGCGGCAGCCCUGGCCCGGAACGGUUGAAAUCGUCGGUACCACAGCAACGAGUCAACGCCGUCAUCGGGAGAGCGAACCGAUAAGUAUACCGUCACUUCACUGGAAAUGGCGCGACUCGGGAAGCUAGACGAGUACGACGAGAAGGAGCAGAAUUUUGAAUCCUAUUUAGAACGCUUUGAGCAUUUCGUCACUGCAAACGAUAUCAAAGAGGAAAAGAAGCUGGCCGUAUUUCUGAGCGUGAUAGGACCACGAACGUACGAGGUGCUCAAAAGUUUGGUAGUACCCGCCGUUCCUGGGGACAAAUCCUUCGAAGAGGUGACAGUGCUGUUAACGAAGCACUAUAGCCCAAGCUGUUCUGUGAUCGCCGAGCGCUGCAAAUUUAACAAGCGAGCACAAGAGGAACAAGAAAGCGUCGAGGAUUUCAUAGUGGCCUUAAAGCAUUUAGCAAGGAAGUGCGAUUUCGGUGUGUUCCUGCAAGACUCACUGCGAGACAGAUUAGUGGCAGGCAUAAGACGCGAAGAAACGCAACUCGCCUUGUUUGCUGAAGACAGUUUAACCUUUGAAAAGGCGUGCAAGAUAGCCUUGGACCGGGAGCAGGCUGCGCGACAAACAGCGUUACUGCAUGCAGAAGGCAAGGAAGCGACGCUGCAUGCCAUGGCGAUAAGAGUUCAGGGAACUGAAAAGAAAUUGAAGCUUCGGAAAUUCAAGGACGUCAAGCGAAUCUGCGAAAGAUGUGGCAAGGCGCAUGCCGCUAGUGUUUGCUGGUAUAAGAAUGUCCAGUGUCACAGCUGUUCACAAAUCGGCCAUUUACAGAAGAUGUGUCCCAGCAAGUGCAGAGAACUAAGAACUGCGAACGUGGUGGACUGCUCUGAUAGUGACUCUGAAUUCGAUGUGUACCAUGUUAUUAACACCGUUCGCUCUGGAUACGAAGUGCAAGUAAACGUAGAAGGGAAAGACAUCUGCAUGCAGAUUGACACGGGAGCUGCUGUAACCCUAAUUCCUGAGAGUGUUAAGCGGAACGCAUUUCCUCAUGUCAAGUGCGAGCCAUCGCGAGUCAUCCUAAGAACAUACACUGGGGAACCCAUUCCAGUGAAGGGGCAAUGCAACGUUAUCGUUACGACAGGAAAGCAGUCUUUACGACUGCCAGUUAUCAUUGUCAAAGAUCACGGCAAACAGCUUCCACUGCUGAUGGGGCGAAAUUGGCUCGAGAUGCUAGGGCUUGACUGGAAAAGUGUGUUGUCCAUAAAUGUAAACGACGCUAGCAAGGUGGAAGCAGUGAAACAAAAGUUCCCAGGGGUGUUUUCUAAGCAACCCGGAGUAGUAAAGAACUACCAAGCAAGGAUAGUUCUUAAACAGAACUGUACGCCAGUCUUUGGCAAGGCCAGAAACGUUCCAUAUGCGCUACGAGAUAACGUAGAAAGGGAGCUGGAAAGGCUGCAAAAAAGCGGAGUUAUACGCCGCGUGAUGCAAAGCGAUUGGGCAACGCCAGUGGUUGUGAUUCAGAAAAAAGAUGGCUCGCUGAGAUUGUGCGGGGACUACAAAGUAACAAUAAAUCCCGCGCUAAAGACCGACCACUACCCAUUGCCUCGUCCGGAAGACUUGUACUCUGCAAUAGCGGGUGGCAAGGUGUUUUGUGUGCUGGAUCUUUCAGCCGCGUAUCAGCAGAUUCCGCUCGCUACCGAGUCCCGACCACUGCUAACUAUUAACACGCACGUGGGACUUUUCGAGUUCCAGCGGUUACCGUUUGGUGUAGCCAGCGCGCCAGCCAUUUUUCAGUCAUUCAUGGAUGAGGUGCUCAAGGGCAUACCGCACGUAGGUUGCUACAUAGAUGACGUCAUUGUGUCCGGAAAAAAACUUCACCGACUGCCAAAAGACGUUGGAACUAGUUCUGCGGCGGCUUAAUGAUUACAACGUGACUCUGAAAGAAGAAAAGUGUCGUUUUUUUCAGGACACCGUGACUUAUCUAGGUCACACUGUGUGCGCUGAUGGUAUCUAUCCCACGGAAGAAAAGAUAAAAGCGGUCACGGAAGCGCCAGAGCCCACUUGUCAAACAGAGCUAAAGGC